UGAAUCUGAACCUCAACAUGAUUAUAUUCUUAAUUUAUUGCAUCAAUGAAUAUGCACUAUAAAUACCUCCUAAUGCAUUUUAUAGUAUUUGUCAAUUAUUACAUUCGAAUGGUAUUUUGUGACAAGUUGUUUCUUUCAUUAUUUUAUUUCUUGAUUGCUGAUAAGAAACUGCAAUGUCGUACCCAUUUUCUUGCCAAGUUGAUUAUGAAAAUAAAGGAACUUUUUUGUAUUGCAUUCUACUAAUUAGUGAUAAGCAUGCAAGUUCAUGUUUCCUAUAGGAUUUGUGCCAACAAAAGUUAUUUGACUUUAUUUUUGAUGCCAAUUUUUAGUUGAGGAUGACCAAAAAAAAACAUUCAAUAAGAUAUACUUCAUUACAUGUAGCGAAUGUGCAAUCUUUUUAGGCUCUUCAGACACAGUCUUUUCGUUCUAUAGUUUUUAGGUCAUCUAUUACGAGGUACAGUACAUGAUAAUUUGCUCUUGUUAGUUUUCUUGCCUGGUACAAUUGAUAUGUUGUUUGUUUUAUAUUCAGCUCAUCUCGUCUAUACCAUUUCUUCACAUUUUACCUAUUUAUUGAGAAACCUUCAUUCUCUACUCCUAUUGCAAAUGAGAUUCCACUAGUGCAGUACCCGUUUUAUUUCGUUUCACAAAAAAAUACCAUCACCGGGACCUGUUCCUGUUUAUAUUACAAGUUGAAACUUAAUGGAGCUCAACCUGAACCCUAACCUGGUAUACAUACUAUGUUCAGGUUGUGCGCCAUCUUGGAGCACAUACUUUGGGAGCUCCGACUCGACAGCAUAGAUUUUUCUCUUAUUUAUUAAUGCUGUUUGCACUCCAGAUCUUUAUUAUAUACAGUAUUUGUGUGUUCAAUGGUACAGAUUCAGAAUAUAUUUUUCAUUUUGAUAUUUCUGGCAACAAUCAUGAAUUUAUAUACAAAUAAAUUUCUUUUUUUCUCAAUUGUAUAUUUAGUCUUUCAAAUUACUUUUGUUUAAAAUGGAAUUCACUUAUAGUAUUCGAAAAGCAACAGUGAAAGAUGCUGAAGAUGUUAUAUCUAUGAUUGAAGAACUCGCUGAGUAUGAAAAUAUGCUCGACCAAUGCAAACUCACACCGGAAAUAUUUCGGAAAGAUGGUUUUGGGGAAGAUCCAGCGUUUCAUUGCAUUAUUGCCGAAGCAAAAACUGCAACUGGGGUAGUACAGACAGUUGGAUAUGCUCUUUACUAUUAUAUAUAUUCUACAUUCAAAGGACGAAAUGUAUAUCUAGAAGAUGUAUAUGUAAAAAAACCUUACAGAAAACAUGGUAUUGGCGGCGAUUUAAUGAAAACCGUUGCAAAAAUUGCUAUUGAAAAAGGAUGUUCACAGUAUCGUUUUGCUUGUCUUGGGUGGAAUAGUGAUGCAUUAGAUUUUUAUAAAUCUGUGGGUGCAAGAGACAUGACAAACAUAGAAGACUGGCAUAUGCUUAGAUUUGAAAAAGUUGAAUUGCAUGAUUUUGCAAGUAAAUUAGGUAAAAAAUGAGCGUUUACGGCGCAAACUGGUAUUCAAAAACUUUGGUGAUUGCAGAUAGCAUAGUACAGUACCUAAUUAUCUAAAAAAUUUAAUAGAGACUUGAUGGUACAUGGUAAACCUUAAUUUUAUUGACUAAUUAAUUUAGGUGUCUCUUUUUGUCUUGAAAUAAUC